AUGGAGAAGUUAAUAAAAGGGCAACAAGAGUUGUUCGAUCAAUUGAUUAAAGCCGAACGCAAUUUUAAGAAAGCUAAUCAAGAGGCACGAGCAAAAUACAGUUAUCUUGUGGCAAGAAUGGAAGCUUUGGAGAAAUUGGAAGAAGUGUUUAGCCAAAAUCAUCUUGAAAUAAUUACUAAAGCUACGGAGGAACAUUUAAAAGUGUUAAAAUAUUUCAAAGAUGAUAUGCAGGAUCAAUUUCAAGAAUUAUUCAUACAAUACAAAUCUAUUUUAAAAGAAUACAUUGCUUUGGCAAAACCACUCUCUGGAACAUCUUCAAUGGACACGAGAGAAAGUUCUUCAGCUAAUUCUAAACUUAUUAAUUCCGAGGUGCAAUUACCAAGAAUACAGCUUCCACACUUUUCUGGGAAAUAUACCGAGUGGCAAUCUUUUUAUGAUAUGUUCUUAUCAUUGAUACAUGAGAAUAAUACACUUUCUCCGGUUCAGAAGCUGCAUUAUUUAAAAUCCAGUUUAUCAGGAGAACCCGAAAUGCUACUUAGAAAUUUUCCUACUACAUCAGCUAAUUAUAAAGAAGCAUGGGAACAAUUAUCUAAACGUUACAACAAUAAGAAAUAUAAUUGCAACGCGAUUAUGAAGACAUUAUUUGGACAAAAAUUAAUACUACAUGAAUCAACAAAUGCACUAAAACAUUUGUUAGAUACAACAACAUCUUGUCUGAAAGCUCUAAAUAAUCUGAACAUUAGCACUGAUCAAUGGGAUCCGGUUAUAAUACAUCUAGUGGUGUCUAAAUUGGAUCACGAGUCACUAAGACAAUGGGAGACUUAUGUAAGUUCAACUACAGAUGAUUUACCCAAAUGGUCUCAAUUGGAACAAUUUAUCGAAACACGAUUCAGAACUUUAGAAUUGCUCGAAACUGGUAAGCAAAUGAGUAAAACCAUGAUUCAAUCAAGAUCAUCACAUCAACCGGUAAAGACUAAGUCAUUUCAUACAGCACUUGAAGUAAAAAAUGCUUCACCAGAGGCGACAUGUGCAAUGUGUAAUGGUCCACAUUUUGUCUAUCACUGUGCCCAGUUUAAGAAACAACCAAUUUUAAAGAGGCAGAAUAUAGCACAGGCAAAAAGACUUUGCUUUAAUUGUCUGGCGCCAACACAUUCUGUGUAUAAAUGUCAUCAAAACACUUCAUGCCAUAAGUGUGGCAAAAAACAUCACACUUUGCUUCACUUUGAGAAGGAAGACAAGGAGGCCUAUUACACUCUGAGACAAACCGAACAAAAUAAAGGAGAACCUGAACAACGAGAACGAGAAACGACAUCAGAGACGAACGUAGUAGCAAAUUUUUCAAGAGGAGAUAUAAAAACAUAUAACGUGUUACUAGCAACAGCAGUGGUAAAAUCUAAAUCUAAAAAUGGUUGUUUCGUCAUCAGAGCAUUACUUGAUCAAGGCUCUCAAGCCUCUUUUGUCAGCGAACAUAUUGUGCAAUUGUUGGGUCUUAAACGUACAAAUGUGAAUGGUAAGGUGUCUUGUUUGGGAGACGGUCAUCUUAAUAUUAAACAUGCAGUAAAUGUAGAAAUUGAAUCGCGUUAUGAACCUGUUGGAAAGGUUUGUGUAAAUGCUUAUGUAUUAAAGUCACUAACGUCAUUGUUGCCGAGCCGUGAAGUUCGUAUACCUGACUGGCUUGAGCUAAAAUCGCUACCGCUUGCAGAUCCAGAAUUUUCAUCACCAGGUAAAGUUGAUAUAUUACUUGGCGCUGACGUGUAUGGAGAAAUUUUGCAGAAUGGAGUGAAGAAGAGUCCACGUGGGAAUUUACUAGCACAAAAUACUUUAUUCGGGUGGGUUUUGUCGGGAAAAAUAGAACAAGAGUCGGUAAAAGAGAAUGUUUUAAACUUACAUGUACAAGUAAAAGAAGACGAAUUAUUGAAAAAAUUUUGGGAAAUAGAAAAUGAGCCGAACAGUAUCGAGAAAAGAUUAACAGAAGAAGAAAAACUAUGUGAGAAAUUGUACGAAGAAACUACUUUAAGACGAGAAGAUGGAAAAUUUGUUGUCAAAUUACCGUUUAAAACAAAUAAUCCACAAUGUCAGUAUGGUCAGUCAUGUGAUAUAGCCAUCAACAAAUUACUUUCAUUGGAGAAACGAUUAAGUAAGAAUCCUACGCUUUCAAACGAGUACAAUAGAGUUCUAGAAGAAUAUACUACACUAAACCACAUGAAACAAGUACCUAAUGAUGAUAUUGACAAUCCUAAGUGUGUCUACCUCCCUCAUCAUGCAGUAGUGAGAGAAGACAAGCAAACGACAAAAGUCAGAGUGGUCUUUAAUGCAUCUAAUAAAGGCGUUAACAAUGUGUCUUUAAAUGAUGAUCUUAUGAUAGGUCCUAAACUCCAACAGGAUUUGCGUCAUUUGUUACUGAGGUGGCGCAAACAUCCAAUCGCUAUAAUUGCAGAUAUUGUGAAAAUGUAUCGGCAGGUAUUUGUCCAUGAAGACGACACUAAUUUCCAAAGAAUAUUGUGGAGAUCUAAUGAUAAAGUACCAAUACAACACUUCAAAUUGUUAACAUUAACCUUUGGUACGGCCUGUGCCCCAUAUUUAGCAGUUAAGACCUUACAGACAUUAGCACUUCUGGAAAAGGAUAAGUUUCCAGUGGCUGCGCACAUUACUAAAAAUGAUUAUUAUGUUGAUGAUUUGAUGACGGGGUGUGAAACAGAGACAGAGGCUUUACAAAUUUACGAAGAAAUGACAGAACUUAUGAAUACUGGUGGUUUUGAAAUGCAAAAAUGGAGUAGCAACAGUCAACGAUUUGUAAAUUAUAUUGAGCAAAAUAAGGUAAGCACCGUGAAGUCUCUGACAAUAGAAAGUGAUGGUAUGAUGAAAGUUUUAGGGAUUAAAUGGAACAGAUUAACAGAUAAUUUUGAGUAUGUAGUAAAUUUGACUGAUACCAAAGAGCCUAUUACAAAACGAACGGUUUUAUCAGAUAUAGCUAGACUUUACGACCCUAUUGGUUGGAUUUCUCCAGUAGUAAUUACAGCGAAAAUUUUCAUUCAAAAAUUGUGGAAAGAGCAUCUUGAGUGGGACGAUAAAUUACCCAAAAAACUAUUAUUAGAGUGGCUACACUACAAGGAUGAGUUGCGUAAUAUUAAGAAUAUUUUAAUACCACGGUGGCUUGGAUGUACAAAAAAAUGUAAGCUGGAACUUCAUGCGUUCUCCGAUGCAUCACAUAUGGCAUAUGCAGCUGUAGUUUAUUUGAGAGUUAUAGAUGAACAUAACAACGUAUACGUAAACCUUGUCACAGCCAAAACUAAAGUUGCACCAAUCGAGAAAGAGGUAUCAAUACCUAGAUUAGAACUUUGUGGAGCAACUUUAGCUGCAAAACUAUUACACGAAGUUUCUCAAGUGAUGGAAAUACCCAAAAGUGACAUGUUCGCAUGGACGGAUUCAACCGUUGUAUUAGCAUGGUUACGAGGACCUGUGAAUCGAUGGGUGACGUAUGUGAGUAACCGAGUAUCACAUAUCCUUACAAUAAUGAAUUUUGAGCAAUGGGCACACGUACCAACUAACGUCAAUCCUGCUGACUGCGCAUCACGAGGAUUGAAGCCAAUGGCAUUGAACAACUACGAUCUAUGGUGGCACGGUCCUGAUUUUUUAUCUGAAUUUAACAUUAAAGUUACGAAGCCCGAAGUAAUUGACACUAACGAAGAAGAACGAGUUAAGUCAUUUAUGGUAAUGGAAAAACAGGUAACUUUUGAAUGGGUGAAGUUUUCUGAAUUAAAUAAAUUAUUGAGGGUGAUUUCAUUAUGUCGAAGAUUUCUUAAAGUACGGCUACCAUUUGAAAAAAGAAAAGAAUUUUCUAAAGUUGUAACACCAGAUGAAAUUGAACAAUCUUUAAAAUUGUGUAUUAAACAAGCUCAAGAGUAUGAGUUUGAGGAAGAAAUACGGAGUUUAAAAACAAAAGGUUGUGUAGCUAAACGAAGCAUUCUGUACACUCUGUGCCCGUUUUUAGACAUAAAUGGGAUCAUACGAGUGGGUGGACGGUUGAGCCAAUCUGAGGUAAGCUACGAUCAGAAGCAUCCCAUUAUUUUACCGGCUAAGAAUCAUCUUAGUCAACUAAUAGUGGCUAAUGCUCAUGUGAAGACUCUCCAUGGCGGACCACAACUCAUGAUGAAUUACUUGAGGAGUAAAUUCUGGAUAUUGAGAGCACGUGAAAUGGUAAAAAAAUACUAUCAAAGCUGCGUCGUUUGUUUAAGAUAUUCUAAAGCGGCGGCAACACAGUUGAUGGGACAGUUACCAGAAGCCAGAUUAAAACCUAGUCGCCCGUUUAAGACCUCUGGAGUGGACUACGCGGGUCCUAUUAAUAUACGUUUUUCGCCUGGACGAGGAGCUAAAUCCUACAAGGGAUACAUUUGUUUGUUCGUCUGUAUGGUAACUCGCGCAGUCCAUCUCGAAGCCGUGUCGGAUCUCACUGCUAAAGGUUUCAUAGCAGCUUUUAGGAGGUUUAUUUCUCGACGAGGACAUUGCAGCGAUCUUUACAGCGACAACGGAACUAAUUUUGUUGGAGCAAACGCCAUGUUUAACAAUAUGUUUAAAGGAGCUAAAUCAGAAUUAUCACAUGAAAUGGUAAAUUUGUUGACUUUAGAAUCGACAAAUUGGCAUUUUAUUCCCCCAAGUGCACCUAAUUUUGGAGGAAUAUGGGAGGCGGGUGUACGAUGUGCUAAAGCUCAUUUAAAGCGAGUCGUAGGUGAUGCAACUUUGACGUUUGAAGAAAUUUCUACUUUGUUAACACAAAUCGAGGCUUGCUUAAACUCGCGUCCUUUAAGUGUUCUCAGUGAUAAUCCUAAUGACCCUCUUCCAUUGACACCUGGUCAUUUUUUAAUAGGUGAAUCCUUAUUAAAUAUUAAUGAUGUAGAUUAUUCUGAUAAAAAUGUAACAGGUUUAGAUAGAUGGAGAAUGAUUCAAAAAAAUGGUUAA